AUGUUGACACGGAGGAUAUCGCCGCUGUAUCUCAUAUUGGGGCUCUUGAUCGUCAUAGUCGUGAUAUUCAAUGUCACGAUACUAUCUUCUUCGAAUGAUUCGUCAAACCCGCACCAAAAUACGUACUCCAAGUCGUCUGGAGCGACUUACUAUACCGGCGGCAAGUCUUCGAUGAAGGCCCAUAUCGAUAAGGUCGACAGCGAGGAGUACUUGGCGGCGAUAUUGAAGGAGCUCGAAGAGACGAAAAAGGAGGAAAUCUUGCAAGACUACAAGCUCCAAGUGACCAAGAAGGAGAAACCUCUUAUUAUACAGGGGUUGAAGACGGAGAUGAGAAUGAAGUAUCUCAACGACAUCAAGCAGGCGUUGAAGGAUGAAAUCAGGGAGGAGAGCACCGCCGAGUUUUACAAACAAAAUGCCCUUUCCUACGAACUUUUCCAGAGUUUGGUUAACCAAUACACCCAGCGCCAUGAAAUCGAGGUUCGGCCAGCGGCAUUCCUCAAUGUCUUGAAAGACCAACUCAAGACAUUCCCACCAACUUUCCAGCAGGACGUCAAUAAGGCAAUCUCAGCCUAUUUCGAUCGCAAGAAAUAUUUCCGCUAUUUACUAAAAGACAUUCUCUUGGACAAUAAACCUGCAUGCGAACCAUUUACCGCUGAGGAAAAAGGAUCCCGCUUGAACCCAACUUACCAAUGGGACGCGCGAGUCAUUUCGGAAAAAUACUUGCGUGAAUCAAACUUGAAAAUGGGAACCGAUAAAUUUGUUUGCUUGCAAACGGCGCAUGAUAAAGUGGUCAACUUACUCAAGACGUUGGGAACCCCGCCCACGCAGUUUAUUGACGGACAUGGUAUUGUCAUCAAUGGUGGAGGCGGAAUGAUUGUUAAUGCACUUAUUGCAAUCACCAAUUUGAGAGAUCGAGGCUCGACUCUACCAGUCGAGCUCAUAUUGGAUACACCUGCCGAGUACGAUAAGCAAAUCUGCGACGAGCUUCUCCCCAAAAGAUUGAAUGGCAGAUGCAUUGUUGUGUCUGAUGCAAUCGGCAAGGAUAUCUUUGACAUGAUUGAUGAAAAAUUCUCGAGAAAGAUCCUAGGCUUGUUGGUGUCCUCGUUUGACCACACCAUUGCCAUCGAUGCAGAUAAUUUCCCCAUUGCAGAUGUCGAUAACUUGUUAUACACCGAACCCUACAUCUCCACAAAGAUGGUUCUUUGGCCUGACUUGUGGGUCAAGUUAACAAGUCCCCUUUUCUAUAGAAUUGCCAGGUUGGAAAAGGGCGAAGUCACUGGUAGAUUUGGAAUCGGUAACGAUGUGAAAUUUGCCGAUUACCUAAAAGGUGACCCAUUUACCGAAGUCCAUUUUCACGACUUUGAAGGCUUACCUUCACCAAUUUCAGUUGAAACUGGGCAAAUGGUAUUUUCCAAAAGAGAGCACAUGCGCUCCUUGCUCCUUGCACUUUACUACAACAUCAACUCGAAAGCAUGGUACGAAGACCUCAUUUAUCAAGGCGCAUACGGUGAAGGCGAUAGAGAAACCAUUGUACCUGCACUUCACGUGAUGAAUGAACGGUACCACUUGAUGAAUCAGAAAAUCCACCGUUUGGGCUACAUUGCAGAAAAUGGCAAAGACACCGAUACAACUCUUGGCCAGACCGAUCCUAGAGAUAACCCGCAGUUUUACUCUGACUGGAAGACUUUUCUUCGAUCAAAAGAACUCGAUACGAGAUUGAACCCAUUCCAAUCGGGAGAAUACACUACCCGUUUAAUGGAACAGUUUAUGACCUACAAACAGAAACUUCUCGAGGACAAAAAGAUUGAAGAUGAAGAGACAGCGCACAGGUUGAUCGAAUACAAGCUUCCCAACAUUUUAUUCCUCCAUUGCAAUCACCCCAAGAUUGACCCCAUUAAAAACUCGGCUGAGGGCGAAUUUGGAACUUAUUCUAGAAGAAACAUGGGCUCGGUUGCCAAAGUCAAACCUAUCCUCAAAAAGGAUUGGGAACUAAGAUUCCAUUCAGUAGCGAAAUGGGUCGUUUGUGAAGCAAUAACGAGUCCCGACUAUUGGGCCAAUGUCGCAAAAGUUGACCAAAAGACAGUCUGCUACAAAAUCAGCAAGUACAUUAAGUUUCUUCAAUUGGACACAUUUGGUCCCGACGCCGAGUUUAAAGGGUUGAAAACAGACUUGCCCCUCGGUGGCGGUGAAGCUGCUCAAGUUGCUCAAGUUGAAAAUAUCAAAGCAGCACAAGAACAAGAGGCCAAGCAGGAUGGUGUAGCUGAAAAAGUGGGCGAUGGUAAAGUUGCUGUUGGUGCUGGUGCUGGUGCUGGUGCUGGUGCUGGUGCUGCCGAACCUCAACAACAAGCACCAGCAGCCGAUGCGGCUAAAGCUGCAAAAGCUGCCGAUGACACUUCGGAGAAGAUGGCCCAGGAUCAAAUCGAUGCUAUAGCAAAGCAGCAGGAAGCAGAACUAGCCGCAGCUGAGGCUGUACAAAAACAACAACCAGACGCUGAAAUAGGCGCAGGAAAAGGAGCACUAGCAGGAGGAGGAGCAGGAGGAGAUGGAAAGGACAUUAUGGGCGCGGUUGCCAAACCGGAAGCGGUCGAAGCCGCCAAAGCAGCAGUAAACAAUAUACCCUAG